AUGGUAUGCACGUCUCUUACGAAGAUAUUCAGCGGUGCUAGCAACGUAAUAGGGGGGGGGGGGGGGGGGGGGAUUUGUUGUUGUAAAUCCCAAGUCCCGCCUCUAUUCUUGUGCCCAAAAAGGUUUUGGAGCAAAUGAUUUUAAAGACCUCUUUUGGUGUGAAGAUGCCAUUGUGCUAGAACUGAAUUCGAGAAACGUCAGGGCCAGGACAAAGAAAGCAUACGAUAAUACACAACAAAUACUUGAAUAUUUUCUUAAAGAAAAAGGCAAAGCCCUAAAAAAAGUUUACUAUCCAUCAGUGAGCUCAAAACGGACUAAGGAAAAGUAUGAUGCCGUCCGGAACAUCGAGGGUGAAUAUGGAUGUCUCUUGUCACUAACUUUCUUUAGUGAUGAGGAUGCAAGAGAAUACUACGAUGCUUUAGAUGUGUUUAAGGGUCCAUCUCUUGGUACGCAUUUUACUUUGGCGAUCCCGUUUUUGCUCAUAGCACAUUAUCACGAACUAGAAAAGGUGGCCAUGUUUGGCGUGGAGCAAAAUCUCAUCAGGAUCAGCGUUGGGCUGGAAAACAUCGAAUAUCUAACCCAUGCAUUUUCGAAAGCAAUUAGAGCUGUCAAACGACUUCACCAGACUGUUUUUGCCUGA